CUCUGUGACACUCGCUUGUCUCCGCCGUUGGUCCUCCGCCAUUAACGCCACGCAGUCUAUCCACCUAACGACAUGCUAUUAUACACAUAAUCGAAACGGAAAACUUUCGACGCCAGUUUAGUAUUUCCAAGCACAAAAUGCAUGUUGCAACAAAACAAAAGUUGAUUGUACAAAGGACUAAUAAAAAUUUCGCCAUUUCUGAUUAAACGUUGUAAAAAGAGAAAAAGUCGCUUCAAUGCUGAGUGGAUCAAUUACCGUUAAAAUGAUAAAAAUCGAAAUUUAAUACUUCGCAGUUAAAAAUUAUAACAGUCAACUUAAUAAUUGCUGAAUAUUGUAAACGUAACAACAAAAAGAAAAUACAAAAAAUUACAACUAAAAACGCAUUUAAACGAAAUUACAAAAACAAACUGCACAUACUAAAACGGCUAGGAACUAGGAGAACUAACCCAAAAACUGUAGAAAAAUGGCGAAUACCGCACAGCUUUUGCGGCGACAGAGCUCGCGAGACUUUGGCGGUGUGUUGAAAAGUCAAAAGAGCAUUGAUCAACUGGAACUAAGGGAAAUGCGCGGUCGCUUGGUACCCAAGGAACACCAUACCAGCAGCACACACCACCAUGCUCAUGCCACCCAUCACCAUCAGCCCAUGUACGGUGCAACCAAUCAGGCGUUUCUCGGCGAUGCUUUUGACGAAUCGACUGAGUUGGAACCCGACGGUUUCGGUGCACAGGCGAGCACGAGCAAGUCAAAAGCAGAACUGACCGCUGCAGUCGCGGCCACAGUCGAGGCGCAAGAGGAGGACAUUGUCGAGGGCGAAAAGGAGGGGGAGGAACGUGAAAGUUGGGACAACAAAAUCAUGUUUCUACUCGCCACAAUAGGCUACGCCGUUGGCUUGGGCAAUGUCUGGCGUUUUCCUUACCUGGCGCAAAAGAAUGGCGGCGGCGCUUUCCUUGUGCCAUAUUUCAUAAUGCUGUGUGUACAGGGUUUGCCGAUAUUCUAUUUGGAAUUGGCUGUGGGCCAAAGGCUGCGCAAAGGUGCGAUUGGUGUAUGGAGCCAGGUGUCACCGUAUUUGGGCGGCAUUGGCAUCUCAUCGGCAGUUGUCAGUUAUAUAGUCGCUUUGUAUUAUAAUACCAUAAUUGCCUGGUGCCUCAUAUACUUGUUGCACAGUUUUGAGUCACCUUUGCCGUGGGCCGAUUGUCCCACUCGCCUCUAUGCCAAUUACACUUAUGACCAUGAGCCGGAAUGUGUGGCCUCAUCGCCCACGCAAUUCUACUGGUAUCGCACCACACUUCAGUGCUCCGAAAGCGUCAAUGAGCCGGAGAAUUUUAAUUAUCACAUGGCUAUAGCGUUAAUGGUUUCAUGGUUUCUCGUUUACAUCUGUAUGGUGCAGGGUAUUACGUCGUCGGGCAAAAUUGUCUAUAUGACAGCCAUAUUUCCAUAUGUGGUGCUCAUAAUAUUCUUUUUUCGCGGCAUUACUUUGAAAGGUGCCUCAGAUGGCGUGGCGCAUCUUUUCACGCCACGCUGGGAAACGCUACUGGAUCCAGUUGUUUGGCUUGAAGCCGGCACGCAGAUUUUCUUCUCCCUCGGCCUAGCGUUUGGCGGCUUGAUCGCCUUCAGUUCAUACAAUCCUGCCAACAACAAUUGCUAUCGGGAUGCCCUUUUAGUGUCUCUCACCAAUUGCGGCACUUCAAUGUUUGCGGGGGUUGUGGUCUUCUCAGUGAUUGGCUUCAAGGCCACAUCAACAUUCGAUCGCUGCGUCGAAGAUCGCCAAAGUUUGAUUGCACAAAAUAAAACUACAAACUUACCGGUGUGUGAUCUACAAAAGGAACUGGCGAAUAGCGCUUCAGGCACUGGCUUGGCCUUCAUCAUAUUCACCGAAGCGAUCAAUCAAUUUCCCGGCGCUCAAAUAUGGGCUGUGCUGUUUUUCCUAAUGCUUUUCACACUCGGCAUCGACUCACAGUUCGGCACACUGGAAGGUGUCGUAACCUCGCUCGUGGAUAUGAAACUAUUUCCUAAUCUGCCUAAAGAGUGGAUUGUGGGGGGACUUUGCUGUUCCUGUUGCUUGAUAUCAAUGUGCUUUGCUAACGGCGCUGGUAGCUAUAUAUUUCAACUGAUGGACAGUUUUGCCGGCAACUUCCCACUUUUGAUCAUUGCGCUCUUCGAAUGCCUGUCGAUCAGUUAUAUCUACGGUGUUAGAAGGUUCUCAGACGACAUUGAGAUGAUGACUGGUUCGCGUCCUGGUUUAUAUUGGAUGCUCUGUUGGAAGUAUCUCUCACCCUGCGCCAUGAUCACAAUAUUGCUGGCGUCGUUUUAUCAAUUACUCACAGAGGGCAGCAGUUAUCCCGCUUGGAUAGCCGCUAAAGGCCUGACCGAAAAGCUCGAGUGGCCACACUGGUGCAUUGUUAUUGCAUUUUUCCUUAUACUCUCAUCGAUAUUGUGGAUACCGAUCGUGGCGAUAUUGAGAUUAUGUGGCAUUAAGGUGGUGGAAGACUCAGAUCCUGCUUGGUUCCCAGAGGCAGAGCUGAAAGAGGUGCACGGCAUUGUGCCACACGAACCUACCGAAAUCGAACGCACCCUAUUUUGUUUCAAUAUGGACGGCACAGAGGGCAUGUGCUGUCCAAAAUAUGGUUUGCCUGAGAAAUCACUCGAAGAAGAGGAGUAAAUGUCCACAAGAGACAAGGAGUGAACCGUGAAAAAUUAAAAGUGAAAAGAAGGUAAUACAAAACUAAUUAAAAUGAUGAAAAGAGUGUCAUUUAGUGAAAGAAAUAAAACUGUAGUAUCAGACGAAACCGUCGAGCAUUAGCGAAUAAAUUUAAAGUGAGAGAACAGUUGGAUAAAAUCAACUUAAACGAAUGAUAAAAGUGGGCAAAAUAUUUACUCAGUGCGGUGUGAAAAACAAACGUGGUGUUAUAUACCUUUUUUUUUAAUAAAAAUCUGCAUUUUUGGUGUUUUGGUGAAGAAAGAAAAUAGUUUGGUGACUCAACUAUACAAUAAUACGUUAAGCACUAAAUAAAUUAUAUAUAUACAUACAUAUAAAUUAUACAUAAAUAUAUCUAUACAAAAGUAUAUAAUAUAAGUUAAUUCUGUAGAAUUACAUAUAAAGACAAUAAUUUAAAGCGUAGCGUAUUGUUUAUAAGUUUAGACAAGAGAAUCUACUUGUAAAUACAUUAAAAUAUUAUAUAAAUAUACAAAGAAUAAGGACAAUAAUAAUAUUGAACAUAUUUAAGUGAAGGUUACAUUGAUAAAAAUAACUAGUCUAACGGAAAAUUGAUUUUCCAAAAACAAAAAUUACAUUUAAUCAUGUUCUUCAUUUUACUUAUGUAAUAAGUGAGGUGUGUACGAAUUCUAUGAAUGAAAUAAUCUAAAUUUAGCCACCGAUUAUGAGUCUAUACGUACCAUAUAUAUAACACUAGAUCAAGGUUGCUAAUGUUGUUUAAAUAAUUCCUUAAAAUAAAUAUUUUAAUUUAAUUUAGAUAAAAAAAUUAUUUUAAAUUAAUUUCAAUUUUUAAUUAAUUUUAAUUUAAUACUAUUUAAAUUUAAGUUUAAGUGAGACAUAAAUAAUUUAAUUUAAUAAUAUUAUAUUAUAAAUUUGUAAAAGUAACUUAAGUCGACAUAAGAUAAAUUGGCUAUUUUGAUUAUUAAGUAAUAAGCUAGAGGUUAUUUCAACAUUGAUUUGAACUUUGACCCCAAAAAGUUUUUCUUUGAACAUAUUUAAUUUAAUUUUUCAUAGACAUUUUAAACAUUUUUAAUUGUUUUAGUGAAAAUUUUUUAAAACCCAUAAAUGGUUGAAAAUUACAUAGAGAUAAUUUAAUUUGCAGUUUGAGAAAGCAUAAAACCAACUUAAUUUUGAAAUUAUGUAGGGAUUUUUUUUAAUCAGGAAUAUACAUCGUUUAAAAUCAGGAAAUAAGGUACUGAUAGAUUUGCCCGAAUUCGGAAUUAGUUAAGUUUUAUAUAAGCCAAACGUCAUGAGACUAGUGUUUAAAAAAAUAGGGAUAGUUUCCAAGGAACAACUAAGUGGUGUUAUAAGUUCUAUGUGAUAUUACCUAUUGGUUAUUACAGACACACUGUCUAAUCAGUUUCGCUUCUUCAGAGUUAGUUCAGCAGUAAUUCGUAUUUAUAAUCGAAAAAUCACAUCAGACAUAAAUUAAGAAACCAACUGAUACUUAUGCUAAAGGGUCCAAGGUCCAGUCAGAGAUCAUAUCAGGGUUUUGAUACAACUCCAAAAAAAUAAUAUGACAUACAUAGUUUUUUUCAAUUCUUCGGAUUCGCUACUCGACUGUUUUUGGGGUCACUGAUUACGAAUUCGGUGUCGGUUUUUCAUAAAUCAAAAUGGCGGAUCCAAUUUUUGAAAAAUUCAUCGGAUUCGCUUGAAACUCGUUACUCGGUGGUUUUCGAGAUCGCUGAUUACGAAUUUGAAGUUACUUUUAAAAAAUUCAAAAUGACUGAUCAAUGUAGAUUUAUUUGUGAAAUAUGACCGCCAAAAUUUUUUUUUUGUUGUGGCUGUGUAAUUGUUUGAUAACCUUCCAGGGUAUGUGAGGUAUUCUCUAACUCAUUAAUAUUUUCAAUCGUCUCGCUGAGUGUAUUAUUGUAAAACAAUAUUAUCUUCUUUGAUCUCAUUUACAACAUAUAUUUAUGUAAAGACGACAUUUGAGAUAUCUUUUCGAUAAGUAAAAAUACUAGAUAUCUUAUUUUUCAUAAUCUAUUCUGACUUUAUUCAAAAUUUUAUACUAUUUUACUUAUA